AUGAGGCCUAAAACUGCUAGCUCAUGUGGCACACAGAGCAUAAGGCCUAAAGUUGCAUAUAACCUGCAUUUGGAUGGCCCUGCUCCUCUAAAUACAUUGCCACAAGAGAAAACAAUGUGUGCCGUGCAGGAGACCCGGGAUUCAAUUUCCUUCUACACAUCUAUGUAUCUUGAGUCUGGUAUUCAUAGUCUGUCUGCAGUGGAUGAGAAUCAAGCCAUUCCUGAUGAUCAGAUUGUGAAAACUCAGACAAUGAGAGGAUCACCUUUCAUCAAAGCAUUUGACAAAGAAAUCAGGGGUUUAAAGGAUUGUUAUGAUACCCUUCAGCUUCAAAUGAAUGAUAUUGCAGAGCUGGCGUGCAAAGUGAAACAGACUUUCAGUGGCUUGCACAACUCUGCCUUUUAUUUAAACCUUGGUGGUGCCCUGGAGGGUCCAGCAGGAACAUGUAAAACAGAAACCACCAAAGAUUUGGCUAAAGCUCUUGCUGUUCAGUGUGUUGUCUUCAGCUGCUCUGAUGGCCUUGAUUACCUGGCAAUGGGAAAGAUUUUCAAGGGUUUGGCUUCAUCAGGUGCAUGGGCACGUCUCAAUGAAUUCAAUCGCAUGGAACUGGAAGUUCUUUUCCGAACAGUAGCCAUGAUGGUUCCUAACUAUGCUCUGAUAGCAGAAAUUUCACUCUAUUUGUAUGGAUUUUUGAAUGCUAAGUCAGUGAAGAUAGUAAUGACCUACAGGCUUUCUUCAGAACAGCUUAUCUCACAGUAUCCCUAUGACUAUGAUACACUGUCUCUUAUGAAAGAGCGUGGUUACGGUGGAGAAGAAAAAGUAAUUUUGAGAACUGUGAAUCCAAAAUCAAUCACCCUGGGUCAGCUUUUUGGGCAAUUUGAUGCAAUAUCCCAUGAGUGGACAGAUGGUAUAAUUGCCAAUACUUUCGGAGACUUUGUGUCAUCUGAGACUCCUGAACGCAAAUGGGUUGUCUUUGAUGGCCCAAUUGAUACUUUGUGGAUAAAAAACAUGAACACAGUUCUGGAUGACAACAAAAAGCCAGGAGGUAAUGCUUUUUUGGUUGGAGUGGGAGGAAGUGGACGUCAGUCUUUGACACGCCUAGCAGCAUUCACGGCAAAAAUGUGAGUUUUUCAAGCAGAGAUUUGUAAGACCUAUGGUACAAAUGAGUGGAGAGAAGACCUGAAAAAUCUUCUGAGGAAUCCAGGUGUAAAAGGCUUGAAAACUGUAUUUAUGAUCACGGAUGCACAAAUUAAAGGGGAAAGCUCUUUAGGAGAUAUUGACAGUGUCCUCAACACUGGGGAGGUACCCAAUCUUUUUGCAGCAGAUGAAAACCAAGAAAUUAUAGAGGGUGUUGGUACAAUAGUUCAGGCUGGCAGUAAACAUGAAGAACUCUGUCCCUUGGCCUUGUUUGCGUACUUUGUGAACCGCUGCAAAGAAAAUCUUUUCAUCAAAAAUCAUAUUGUGCCAGCAUUCAGCCCAACUGGAGGUGCUUUCCACAGUCAUCUGAGACAGUUUCCCUCACUCAUCAACUGCUGUACAAUUGAUUGGUUCCAGCCACGGCCUGAAGAUGCUCUUGAACAUGUGGCUGAUAAGUUCUUAGAAACACUUGAGCUGACAGAGAGUGAGCAUCAGGAAGUUGUGCCUAUAAGUAAAUACUUCCAUACUUCAGCUUUGUCACUCUCUGAAAGGCUUUUGCAAAGUCUGGGACGCCAUAAUUACGUUACGCCUGCUUCUUAUCUUGAGCUUAUUGCUGCAUUUCGGAAACUUCUUACUCAGAAACGAGAUGCUGUAAUGAGAGCCAAGAGGAAAUACAUGAAUGGACUAGAUAAGCUGGCUUUUGCUGAAUCACAGGUAAGUUAGGACAUGAAACAAGAACUAAUUCAGCUGCAGCCCAGACUGGAAGAGGAUAAUUGGGAAGAUCACAUGUGUUGUUUUCUUUAGGCUAUAGAAAUAGAAUCUGCAGAAGUAGAAGAAAAAAGAAAAACUGUAAAAGCAGAUGAAGAAAUUGCUACAGGAAAAGCUGAAGAAGCUCAGACAUUGAAAAAUGAAUGUGGGAGUGACCUGGCAGAGGCGAUUCCAGCCCUGGAGGCAGCACUUGCUGCUCUUGACACCUUGAAGGCUUCUGAUAUAUCGGUUGUCAAAUCAAUGAAAAAUCCUCCGUCUGGUGUCAAACUUGUCACGGCUGCUGUCUGUGACAUGAAGGACAUAAAACCCAAAAGAAUUCCAAAUCCUUCAGGGACUGGAGGCAAGAUUUUGGAUUACUGGGCUCCAAGCAAAAAACUCCUUGGUGACAUGAAUUUCUUAAAGGAUUUGAAAGUGUAUGACAAGGACAAUAUUCCAGCAGCUGCCAUGCAGAAGAUUCAGGUUGAAUACUUGGCUAAUCCUGAGUUUGAUCCACAAAAGGUGGCUAAAGCUUCCUCGGCAGCAGAUGGUUUAUGUAAAUGGAUUAUGGCAAUGGAGGUGUAUGACAGGGUGGCAAAGGUGGUUGCGCCCAAGAAAGGUCGUCUAAGAGAGGCACAGCAGUCCUUAGAGGAAACACUGACACUCUUGAAUCGGAAGAAAAAAAUUGCAGCAGUUGAAAGUCGUUCGGCUGCUUUGGAACGAACUUUCACUGAGAAAUCUGGAGAAAAGGCUCAUUUAGAAUUCCAGGUUGAUCUGUGUGCUCGAAAACUAAAACGAGCAGAGAAGUUGAUUGGAGGCCUUGGUGGAGAGAAACUUCCAAAUGAUUUUGACAUUGAAAAUUGCUUAAUUAAAUAUCCUGUGAGAUAUGAAGAAAGUACGAACGCUGUGCUGGUCCAAGAAAUGGAAAGAUUUAACAAUUUAAUCCGAACUAUCCGUAGCACAUUAAUUAACCUGAAGAAAGCCAUUAAAUGACUGGUUGUUAUGGAUGCUGAACUGGAGGCUCUGUGUGGCAGUCUACUUAUUGGAAAAGUUCCUGAGAAUUGGGCAAAAAAUUCAUAUCCAAGUCUAAAACCAUUAGAGAGCUAUAUAGAUUUUCUAGAAAGGCUGAAAUUUUUACAGGUCUGGUAUGAAUUAGGGAAACCCACAUUUUUUUGGCUGUCAGGAUACUAUUUUCCUCAAGCUUUCUUAACUGCAGCUAUGCAAAAUUAUGCUAGGAAACACAGGAUGCCUAUUGACCUUCUGGAAUAUGAAUUUCAGGUGCUUCCUCAGGAUACUGCUGACACUGCACCAGAAGAUGGUGUUUGUGUCCACGGAUUAUUUUUAGACGGAGCUCUCUGGGACAGGACCAUGGGAAUGUUAGCUGAGCAGUAUCCCAGAUUGCUCUUUGAUAUGAUGCCAAUCAUUUGGAUAAAGCCAAAGCAAGGCCGUGCAAUCACGCCUUGGGUGGAUCAGGUAACAAAUGAAAUGAUGCAGGUUUGCUAUGAAGUUACUGCUGCUCAGCUUUAA